AUGGCUGCAACCGUUGGCGUCCAGCACCCUGAUCUCUCCGAGGUGUCCACGAGCCCCGGUCAGAAGCGGAAACGCACCGCCGAGUCUUCAUCGCCCGAUUCACGCCGGAGCAAGCGCGGUGUUGCCGCUGCAUCUAUGGCGGGAGGCGACUCUGACACCCAAACCUUCCUGGGCGAUACUGUGAGCAUCGCACAGGCUGCGCACGACCACGUAAACGUAGACGACUUCAGCGCUCUGGCACAGGCUACCGCUGCGGACCAUGAGAACGCGGCCGAUACGUCCAACGCAUCCAGUACCGCCGCUGCGGCCCUCAACAUGUACCCAUCGCUGCAUGUCCCCCAGUCGACCGAGGAAGCCUUCGCCAACCAGCCCACACCAGAGACGCAUCAUGACGAGAGCAGUUUCAACGGCCAUUCUGUCAGCCAGGCGCCACCAGGCGGCCUGCCGCUUCCCCCGCCGCCAUCAACCAUUCAACAACCGCCGCCCAACGGAGUGCAGUCACAGGAGCAGCGGUAUAGUGCGCCGCCAAGCGCUAAGCCUGCUGUCGGCUCUGAAGAGUGGCACAAGAUGCGAAAGGAUAACCACAAAGAAGUGGAGCGCCGUCGCCGCGAGACGAUCAACGAAGGCAUCAACGAGCUGGCCAAGAUUGUGCCCGGGUGUGAGAAGAACAAGGGCUCGAUCUUGCAGCGAGCGGUCGCCUUUAUCACCCAGCUAAAGGAGAACGAGUCGCAGAACAUUGAGAAAUGGACCCUCGAGAAACUUCUCACCGAGCAGGCCAUCGCCGAACUCAGCCAAUCCAACGACAAGCUGAAACAAGAGUGCGAGCGCUUGUAUCGUGAGCUCGAUACAUGGAAGCAGAUCGCUCAAAGCGCCGGCCUGCAACUGCCCGCACAGAAGGAGGAGCCGGGGUCAGGCAAUUAG